AUGGGCCUUUCGUAUAACAUCUACCUCAACUCCAACAAGAUUUUUGGCUGCAAAGUAUGCAAGACGCAUCUAGCAGACUUCGAUGACAUAAUCUCUCGCAACUUCCGAGGCCAGCACGGCAAGGCAUUCUUGUUCUCCGCAGUGGUCAACAUCAGACAAGGCGAGGCGAUGGAGCGAAACAUGACCACUGGAAGGCACAUUGUACGCGAUAUAAUGUGCAAGCAGUGCAACGAGACAGUGGGUUGGAAGUACGACAAGGCUUACGAGGCCAGUGAGAAGUACAAGGAAAACAAGUACAUUCUCGAAUCAGAGCUGCUGUGCACGGUCAAUUGA